AUGUCCCUAUAUCUGGGCUCGACUCCAUCAUCGAAAUCUCUAAAUUUCGCCUCUCGUUUGUCUCUUCAGAGACACUAUGAAUGGCAAUUUGCGGACGAUCUCCGCGCUAAAUCUGUCGAACCACCGAAAUUGCCGACGAUCAGAUUGAGACCGAAAAGUCGAUCAAAACUCGUGCGAGGAAGAACUGUUUAUAAUGAUAAGAGAAUCAUUGUGCGUGAACCGGACUUCAAGAGAUCCCAAGAGAACCUCUCGAAUCUCAAUGGUUUGCAGCGAAGAAAUCUCUAUCAACAGGAUCAAAAUCAUUUGAGAUCAAGCCGCUCACACGAGAGUCUUCUCAGUUAUUCGACUGCCACGCAUAUGAUUGAUAUGCGCGACAACUCAGCCCGUCCGCAUCCCGUUCAUCCGUCGGUGUUGGAUGUGCCCAAUUGUUUCCGAGUCGCAAACACCUAUUACGCUUGCCGAACACCGUUAGAGCGAGCGAAAUGGAUUGAGAAUCUCCGACGGACGAUGAACCCACGUCGGGACUCUCAGCGCAGAACCGAGCACGCUCUCCAAGUGUGGGUUCUCGAGGCAAAGGGAAUUCCAGCAAAGCGCAGAUACUUCUGUGAACUAUGCUUGGACAAGGUGCUCUAUGCUCGAACAUCCGCAAAGCCGUUGAGCGGGAUCUGCUUUUGGGGACAGCACUUUGAUUUUAAUAUGUUGCCUAAAGUCGAAAACGUUUGCAUUAAUCUUUACCGAGAGGCGGAUCCGAAGAAGAAAAAGGAUCGUUGCACGUUGAUCGGCUACGUGAAUAUUCGCACCGAUGAUGUCGCCUCGAGACAUCCAUUGGAACGAUGGUACACUGUCACUUCGGCUACAGAGGGAUCGACGAAGAGCAAGAGCUCUCGCGAUGAGCAGCCAGCGAUCCGAAUCAAAGCCAGAUGGCAACAGGUGGAGAUCCUCCCACUCCAUGCCUACGAUGAGCUCCUCAACUUCCUCAUGUACAAGAAGAACUAUCUGCCCUUAUGCCAACAACUUGAACCUAUUCUUGGUGUCAAGGCAAAGGAAGACGUCGCCACCGCUUUGGUCCGCAUCAUGCACAAAAAGCGUUUGGCUGCUCAAUUUUUGAGCGAAGUCGUGAUGGAUGAAGUGACUGCAUUGGAGAAUGAGCACUUGAUGUUCAGGGGGAAUUCGCUGGCCACAAAGUCGAUGGAAGCCUUCAUGAAGCUGGUUGCUGAGGACUACUUGAAGAAAACCCUUUCCGACUUCAUCCGUCAACUGCUCGACAGUGACGAUGACUGUGAGGUGGAUCCACUCAAAUUGGUCGGCGCUUCGUCCACCCAACUCGAUCGUCAACGCGCCAAUCUGAUGUUGCACGUGGAGACAGCUUGGGGGAAAAUUAUGAACAGCACGUCGAACUUUCCGCUCGAGUUGCGAGAGGUUUUCCGAGCGUUGAGGGAACGAUUGGAUCAAAAUGGCCGCCGAGAUAUGGCUGACAAUCUCGUUUCGUCGUGCAUCUUCUUGAGGUAUCUCUGCCCAGCGAUUCUCAGCCCGAGUCUCUUUGAAUUGGUCACUGAAUACCCAACUCCUAAAGCCAGCCGAAACUUGACAUUGAUCGCGAAAACUCUUCAGAAUUUGGCCAAUUUCACGAAAUUCGGUGGAAAGGAGUCUUACAUGGAGUUCAUGAAUGAAUUUGUGGAAAGAGAGUGGGAGCACAUGCACGAGUACUUGAUGAGAAUUUCUCAGCGAGCCGGACAAUCCGGCGAGACUGAAUAUUUUGUUGAUGAGGGGAAAGAGUUGAGCUUGUUGACCAGCUAUUUGGAUGAGGUUUGGACCGACGACAUUGACAAAAAGAUCUCCGAAAAAGAGCGCCGAGUCGCCGAUCUGCGUCACAUUCUGAAUGACUUGAAUGACUGCAAGAGAAGAUCCACCGCCACACUCAACAACUCACUCAGCGAUUAUGAUAACAACUCUGUUUUUCGCGGCAGAAAUGGGAAUCAUAAUCUCCCGGUUUACUCUCCACCGCACAAUGGACAAGCGAUGGUUUCAAGACCUCAACCAGCCAAACACUUGAACACUUCUGAUGACUACGUUUUGGGAGCAGUUUUCAAUGACUCUUUGAAUGAUUCGUUGGCUGUUCGCCAAGCUGGCCUACUUGUGCAACAAGCGAGAAAGCAGCCAAGGACCGCGCCGAGAACUGAGUCUUACAGAAUUGAUGAUGCUACAACGAGCUCUAGAACCAGCUCCAACACCGCUUCGAGCUCGUUGAGUGAGCCUCGUGAGGACAGUGAUAGUGAGCAUGAGCAUUCACGUCGAAGUCGUCGCGGAAAAGACCUUCGAAACGGACACCUCCAUGAGCCUGGAACUUCCACCACUAAUCCACUACCAAGCAGUGGCUAUCAAAGCAACAAUCCUAGCAGCUACAAUACCUCUUCAUCCUCUUCUUCACCCGUUGAGAGAACGACAGCUGCUUUGUUGAUCGCGAAUCCAGCAUUUGCCACACCAAAUGCCUCCAUUCCAACGGCGAAUGUAGCUGGAUACAGAAAAUCUUCUCCACCAGCUUAUGAACAAUCCGCAUCAUACGCUCGAUUGGCACCGAUCUACCAGAAUGAGCCUGGCGAGCUAUCUCCCGGUGCUCACAGCUCGCUCUCUGGGGCUUCAUCGAGCUGCAAGAGCUCAUUGCCGAGGACUAAUCCGAGGACGAACCCAUGGCAACACAGAAAUCAGCCGCUGAGUCCAAGUGCCUUCUCUGUAACUCCCAGAACCAACUCGGUCACUCGUCCACAAGUGAUCCCCGACUACGAGGUGCCAAACUCGAACAACAACGAGAAGUGGAAUGACGAGUUGGGAGUCUGGCCAAAAGUCUCUCUCGAACAACAGCAAUUCCAGGCCAACCUAAUCGAAAAGCAGCAACGCGAAAUUGAGCGACUGAUGCUCGAAAACGAAAAACUUCGCCGACAGAUGGCCGAUCAGCCGCCAAUCAAGGAUCCAUCACUACAAUUGAUCGACAGUGGCGCCUCCGAGGACUCUUUCUGCUCGAAUGGGUCGAUGGAGAGAAGACGGCCAUCUUUGCAAUCC